CUCCAAACUAACAUGGCAGUCAGACUGUGUGAUGUGGCUUCUCUGCUUAGAAGUGGUUCGUGGGCAGCAGAGCCUUGGACUGGGCAGGUAGUUGCUGCCAUGGAAACACAGCUGUCUAAUGGACCAACUUGCAAUAACACGCCCCAUAGUUCAACCACCAUAAACAAUUGCUCAUCACCGGUUGACUCUGGGAACACAGAAGACAGUAAGACCAACUUAAUAGUCAACUACCUUCCACAGAACAUGACACAAGAAGAACUGAAGAGUCUGUUUGGCAGCAUUGGUGAGAUAGAAUCCUGCAAGCUUGUUAGGGACAAAAUAACAGGACAAAGCCUGGGUUAUGGUUUUGUGAACUACGUUGAACCCAAGGAUGCUGAAAAAGCUAUCAACACUCUGAAUGGACUAAGACUUCAAACUAAAACCAUAAAAGUUUCCUAUGCGCGACCAAGUUCAGCUUCUAUCAGAGAUGCGAAUUUGUAUGUUAGUGGACUUCCAAAAACAAUGACCCAGAAAGAACUGGAGCAACUCUUUUCUCAAUAUGGACGCAUUAUUACUUCUCGUAUUCUGGUUGACCAAGUCACUGGGGUAUCAAGGGGCGUGGGGUUCAUCCGGUUUGACAAGCGAAUUGAAGCAGAAGAAGCUAUAAAGGGCUUGAAUGGCCAGAAACCUCCAGGUGCCACAGAGCCCAUCACUGUAAAGUUCGCUAACAAUCCAAGCCAAAAAACCAGUCAGGCCAUCCUUUCCCAGCUGUACCAUUCUCCAAGCAGAAGGUAUCCAGCACCUCUUGCUCAGCAGGCUCAACGUUUUAGGUUGGACAAUCUGCUCAACAUGGCUUAUGGAGUAAAGAGAUUUCCUCCCAUGACCAUUGAUGGAAUGACCAGUUUGGCUGGAAUUAACAUACCCGGACACGCAGGAACUGGAUGGUGCAUUUUUGUGUACAACUUGGCCCCCGACGCUGAUGAGAGUAUCCUCUGGCAAAUGUUUGGACCCUUCGGAGCAGUAACCAAUGUGAAGGUCAUCCGUGACUUCAAUACCAACAAGUGCAAAGGUUUUGGAUUUGUGACUAUGACAAACUAUGAUGAGGCAGCAAUGGCCAUAGCGAGCCUGAAUGGCUACCGCCUUGGGGAUAGAGUGUUGCAGGUCUCCUUCAAAACUAACAAAACGCACAAAGCCUAG